AUGCAUAAGUACCGGAAAGAAGACACCCAUGUGGGAUUUUCAGCAAAUGAGUGUACAGUGUGCUUGAUGGCUAUCUUUGACGGCGAAGACGUCCGGCAGCUGCCCAAGUGCAAACGCUCCUACCAUGCUCCUUGUAUUGAUAUGUGGCUCUACUCUCACUCCAACUGCCCGCUUUGUCGCGCCACUGUUACUGUGCCUAGUGUGCACUGCCGGGCCCCAGUAGAAGGGGAAGAUAUGCAUCAAGGUUCGACGGACCCCAGCAACAUGGCUUGA